AUGGCCGCCUGCUACGGUAGCUUCGACGACUUUGCCGAUUUCGCCGGACGUGUGCGCAAUAUUACGGAGAAUGAGGCAUACCGAUACGUGUCACCAUUACGGCCACGGCUUAAGGAUCGACAGAAUCCCAUGGAAGUAUACAACGACGCGGAAUUCUCGUGGCGGUACCACUUUUCCAAGCAAGUGGUGCUACGGCUGUUCGAAAUGCUGCCACUGGUCCCCAAAGACAACGAAAGCGGUCACCUCGUGCCGCUGCUGCUCCAGCUUCUAAUCGCGCUGCGAUUCUUCAGCGCCGGAACAUUUCAGGUGGCCACCGGGAACCUCGUUAAUGUUUCGCAAGCAACUGUGUCUCGAAUCAUUGCACGAAUGUCAAGAAUGAUUGCCGAGACUUUGUUCCCGCAGCCCGUGAAGUUGCCAAAUGCUAAUGAUUUGGCAUCCGUAAUGGAGGAGUUCCACACCAUCGCACGGUUUCCUGGUGUGAGCGCGUGCAUUGACUGCACUCAUGUACCCAUAAUAAGUCCCGGAGGAGAUGACGCGGAGGUUUUUCGCUGUCGAAAGGCUGCGAUGGCGCGGAACGGACUCAAGGAGCACAGCGCGUUCUUCUUCGGAAAAGUUUGUUUUCCAUUUUAA